CAGCUGAAGAAGAUGAGGAGAUUGUCUGCGAUUGCAUCGACGGGGAAUAGAUAUGCUCGUCGGAGUCUUCUUGAGAAAGGUAACCCUAGAACUGCUGCUUCGUCUUCGUUUAGCUAUUGUAGCUUAUGUUGUUACCGGGUACGAGCUUAUUCUAGCGUCAGUGGUGAUUACAGAGAGAAAUUGAGAACUGGGUUGAGUGAUAUGGAGUUAGAUGAUGUUGUUGAUAUGUUCAGUGUUAUGGUCAAGUCUCGUCCACGCCCUUCAAUCAUUGAUUUCAAUAAAUUGUUGAGUUCCAUUGCCAAAAUGAAGAAGCAUGCUGUUGUCAUCUCCUUGGGGGAGCAGAUGCAAAAGUUGGGAAUCCGUCAUGAUCUCUAUACUUACAGUAUUUUGAUUAAUUGUUUUUGUCGCUCCUCUCAAGUCUCUUUUGCUUUAGCUCUUCUUGGCAAGAUGAUGAAACUCGGUUAUGAACCCGAUAUUGUCACGCUUUCUUCGCUGCUCAAUGGUUUCUGCCACGGUAAGAGGAUAUCCGAGGCUGUAGCUUUGGUUGAUCAAAUGGUGGAAAUGGGAUAUCAACCUAAUACUGUUACAUUUACAACUUUGAUUCAUGGACUUUUUCUCCACAACAAAGCUUCCGAAGCAGUGGCUUUAGUUGAUCGAAUGGUUGUAAAGGGCUGUCAACCAGAUCUGUUUACUUAUGGUGCUGUUGUAAAUGGACUAUGUAAGAGAGGUGAUAUUGAUUUAGCUUUAAAUCUGCUGAAGAAAAUGGAAGCGAGUAAGAUAGAGAUAAAUAUAGUAAUCUACAGCACAGUUAUUGAUGGAAUUUGCAAACACAGACAUGCGAAUGAUGCGGUCAACCUGUUCAAGGAAAUGGAAAACAAAGGAAUUAGAGCCGAUGUUGUUACCUACAACUCCCUCAUAAGUUGCUUUUGUAAUUACGGACGAUGGAGUGAUGCCUCUCGACUACUUAGUGAUAUGAUUGAGAGGAAAAUCAACCCCAAUGUAGUGACUUUCAAUGCAUUGAUCGAUGCGUUUGUGAAGGAUGGGAAACUUGUAGAGGCUGAGACAUUGUAUGUGGAUAUGAUUCAAAGGUCUAUAGAUCCUAAUAUUUUCACGUACAGUUCAUUGAUCAACGGGUUUUGCAUGCACGAUCGCUUAGAUGAGGCUAAGCAGAUGUUUAAGUUGAUGGUUAGCAAGGGUUGUUUUCCAAAUGUAGUGACAUAUAGUACUCUCAUAAAGGGGUUCUGUAAGUCUAAGAGAGUAGAAGAGGGUAUGGGACUCUUCCGAGAGAUGUCUCAAAAAGGAUUGGUUGGAAACACAAUCACUUACAACACUCUCAUCCAAGGCUUUUUUCAAGCUAGAGAUUGUGAUAGGGCCCAAAAAGUUUACAAUGAUAUGUUAUCUGAUGGUGUGCCUCCCAGUAUCAUGACAUACAACAUUUUGUUAGAUGGACUUUGUAAUAAUGGGAGGAUAGAGAAAGCAUUGGUGAUAUUCGAAUAUAUGCAAAAGAGUGGAAUAGAACUUAAUAUCGUCACGUACAAUAUAAUGAUUGAAGGUAUGUGCAAGGCUGGGAAGGUGGAAGAUGGGUGGGAUCUAUUUUGUAGCCUCAGCCUUAAUGGAGUGCAGCCUGAUGUUAUAACCUACAAUACAUUGAUCUCAGGCUUGUGUAAUAAACGCAUAUCACAGGAAGCUGAUGCCUUGUUUAGAAAAAUGAAAGAAGAUGGUCCUCUUCCAGAUAGCGGUACAUAUAAUACGCUGAUCAGAGCCUGCCUAAGAGACGGUGACAAAGCUGGAUCGGCUGAACUCAUCAAAGAAAUGAGAAGUUGCAGGUUUGCUGGAGAUGCUUCAACAAUUAUCAUGGUGACCAAUAUGUUGCAUGAAGGGAGAUUGGACAAAAGCUUUCUGGAUAUGCUUUCCUAACUAAGUUAGGUGAGUGUAGUACGUUUUCAUGUUAAAGUUGUUGUUUGUAAGCUGCUUCGUGGACAGAACUAGGAAGAAUAAGAAAGAGACUUUAUUUGAAACAAGCUCAAAGAGAUUAUUUUAUAUGUACAGAUUAAUUAGAACAAAGAACUUAGAAAAGAUAAAUGCAAAUUUUAUUUGAAAGCAGCACAAAAACAAAAAACUUGAUC